AUGCCAAUUGUUGAAGGUUGGAAUGUGGCAAAUGUAGCUCCAGUCGCACCGAUGUAUGGUCGUGUUAUUGGUGGAAACCUGAUCAUAGACACCUCGGCCCCCUACUCAGCCAUUGGACCAGCGGGAGUGGCGAUAUUUUCCGAUAAUCUGCUCAUUGACGGUGUUGUUCUAGUGACAGGGAGACUCCCCUUUCAAGGAACAGUUGGUUUAGAAGGCGUGGUACCAACAAGUGGUAUUGGUGCAGUGAACUAUAAUAGUGGAACUAGCAACAUUGGUUUUCUUGGUCUCAGUAGAAUGUGA